CUUCGUGAAGAAGCUAGCAGUUGUAGGGGUUUGCCAACUGGCGAUAUAUCAGUUUCGUUGUGGGGCUGAUAACUCAUUUCUUGUAGUGCUUCACGUUCCACCUAGUGAGACGUGAAGUAGACAAGGUAAUAAGCUAACAUCAAUGCUUUCCACGAGAAUGUUGACAUUCGAAGAGGUGAAUAAGGGAAGAGAAAGAGUUAUAAGUUUAAUAUUCUGUUCAAAAUGAGGAUUUUCUAUCGCAGUGCAAGCCAUAUUCGUCGUCCAACCUCCAAUUUUAGUCGAAUCCGGGACCUUGCAAACCGUGCUCUUGUUUUGGUAGUUUACGUUUCGGAGGCAACAGGGAUUGGACAGUUUCUCAGAUCUCUGUGCACGUGGUUAGCGUUUGUUGUUUUGCUUCCUGCGAUAGGCCUUCUGUACAUGAUAAAACUAGUGUAUUUGAAGGCAGUACAGAAACUAAUCGAAAAACUUUAUCCAGAGGAAAAUCUCGAACUUGUUCUUAAUUCAUCUUUCCGAACAUGCGUAGAUACAUACAAUAGUUAUGGCAUUGUAACACUAUUGCUUUUAGCUGAUGGUGCGCCAUCUAUAAAAAACAUUCAGAAUCAAGUUGCUAAGCAAGUAGAAGAUUUAAGUAAACAAGAAGGUAGGGAAAAUGCUAAGAGGAUAAAAAAGCGACUUGGUGUACGAUUAGGAUGUUAUGUAUGGGAAGAUUCCGAAAAGUUCAAAAUCGAAAAUCAAGUUUUCUUAGCAUCUGACAAAUGGCGUGGGAAAUCAAUAACUGAAAAUGUAUUGCAGGACUAUCUUAAUGACAUUGCCCUAUAUCAAUUGCCUUCGAAAUAUCCACCUUGGCAGAUAAUUAUAGUUCCUUACAAAAAACUUGAUAGCUGGUCAAAGUCAUACGCAGUUAUUGUUCGAGUACAUCAUCUAUUAGCAGACACGGUAACUCUUCGAGAUCUUUUCUUAUGUCCCAGUAAUGAUCUUUUUCCCGUAGUGCAAAGACGUAGUACUUUUCCUUACAGAUUUCCACAGGAAAGUAUUACUACUGUAACGUGGAAAGGUCUCACUUGGAGAAGAAUUUUCAAUAUUAUACAUUUUUCCUUUCUAGCACCCAGUAUUGUACUGUCAGAGCUUUUGUCUUUUCCAUCUUUUGCCAAAAGACGUUUUCGUUCUCAUGUUUCUUCCACAAAAAAGACUAUAUCAUGGUCAGAAGAUAUACCUUUGACAUUUCUCCAAAGAAUAAAAUCUAAAGCUGGGGCCACAACUAAUGAAGUACUCCUUUCCUGCAUAGCAGGAGCCCUAAAACAGUACUUUCAGAUGAGAGAAGGAGACGCUCCUGUAGAAGAUUUCCCAGCAGUGCUUCCAGUGUACGACUCUCCUGCCGUUAGUUUACAGGAAGAAAAACCUUCUGGUCUUUUAACUGUAAUGUUGCCCAUAAGUCCCACAGAUCCUCUUUCGCGCCUGACUAAGAUUCAACGUCGAAUGACACGACUGAGACAAAAUCUUUACAAGUUUGAGCUCAGUAAGUUACUGUUGCAGUUGGUACCUAAACUGAUCCCCCCAUUAAUUUUGAAACUUGCUGCUCACAUCGUAACAAAAAAGUAUCCAGUUAUUAUUAGUAACACCUUCGUUUCGCCAUGUUUUGGAACAGUUUGGGGAAGCGACGUUUCGAUGAUUCAUUACUGGCGUCCACCCAUGGCUAAUACAGGGCUCUCGUUGUCAGUUAUGCACUAUGCUGAUAGAGUGGCACUUGCCGUCAUGGCUAAUUCCAGCGCCCUCCAACGGCCUGACAUUUUAGCUUCCUGCUUUGUGAAAGAAAUUAACACUAUUGCAGUAGCUCUGGAUGUUCGACGAGAUAGAAGACUAUCUCCAUCACCUUCUUCUGUUAUUCAAAGUUAUUGAUAAUAAGUAUUUAAAAAAUAAAGAUACAUUUACAAACAGUAGGUUGUGUUGACCUGACAUUUUUAAAACUUUUAGCCCCAUUUAAAAGAACAAAAUUCAGUAUUCUUAUAAGAAAAAAUUAUGCCUUCUGAUAGUUUUAUCAAUUGUUAAAACAUAAUGUCUCCCUGUUUUAAUGUUGUCGUUCAUGACUGAACCAGUCACGUGGCCUACAUAAAUGUGGACAGCGAGGAUGAAGAGAAAUGCACGUUAUUUAAUGUUCGACUCCUGUAAUUUAGUGUGUGUGUGUGUGUUCUGGUGUAGAAGAAAAGCGAGUUUUGCGAAAUGCUUGCAUAAAUAUAAGGUAUUUUAGUUUCUAUAUGAUACUCAUCGAAGGAAAAUAUUGUGAUUUAUAAUAAUAUUUUCUUUUUUCACCUGUACUUCAGCAUAUUUAUAUAUUUAUAACUAUUAGCUGUACAAACAGAUUGUUGUGACAUUUGUCGAUUUUUUUCUUCUGAUUGCUAUAAUCAUAAACAUGAAAAAGUAAUGUUAGAUUUUAAUGCACCUGUAACUAAGUUGUGUUGAAUAUGUUAACGUUAUUUUAUUCUUCAGAGUAAUUGUUAUAGCCUAAGUUGUUUUUUAUAUAUUAUAUUAUCAAUACCAUCUAGCGGUCGAGAUACUGAUGAGAAUAAUAAAAAAGUAAAUAUGUCCAUUAAGUAGAAAAGCACAUAAAACCCAAUGACACUCAGCAAUCUCUAUUCAUUUGUGAAUUACAACAAUUUUAUGAAGUGUGAAAGAACGUAUAAUUUUUAGUAGUACAGUUUCUUAUUUUUUAACACUAAUUCAAGCGAGUAAGUUGACGUUGUAAUUGUAGUUUUCAUGAUCAAAUUGAAAGGUGUUAAAUCACUGUGUUCGAUGUUUUCUUUGUUUUUGUAUCUGUGUUAAAAAUAAAUAUUAAAUGGAUAUUUUUAGAUGUUUGACAAUAUUUUCCCGUAAAAUGUUUGUAUAACUAAUUUUAACUGUAUAAUAAGUACAGUUGUUCAUUUUUAAAGGGCAGGGGUUUAUCUAAAUCUGUUGUGUAGCCAUAAAAAAAUUAACCAUUCAUAUGCCGAGCUACCUUCGCCAACAGUAUAUAAUAUAAACGUACAUCGUAUGUAAAUCAUAAUAUUUGUAGUUUAAUUAUAUCUAAAAUACGUAAUAAAGAUAAAUAUGUAUAAUCUGA